UAGUCGGAAGAAGAAGCUCAGCGGAAGUCGGUCUGAGGAAAUCUCUGGAAAGGAGGUCGAGCUCUUUGUUGAGGCUUCCCGGCGAAAAGGUAUAAAAAUGGUGAAAAUCUUUGUGGGGAAUCUGCCCCGAGAGGCAGACCAGGAGGAAAUCAAGGCGCUCUUCACCCAGUACGGCACGGUCACAGAAUGUGCCAUCAUCAAGAACUACGCCUUCAUCCACAUGGACGACCGCAAGGAGGCCACCAAGGCCAUCAAGAACCUGCACCUCUACAAGCUUCACGGCACGCCAAUCAACGUGGAGGCCAGCCACGGGAAGAACCACGCGGCGAUCAAGCUGCAUGUGGCGAACGUGGAGAAGGGCGCUGACGACGAGCUCCGCGGCCUCUUCGAAGAGUACGGCACGGUCACAGAGUGUGCCGUGGUCAAGAAUUUUGCUUUUGUACACAUGUCCAACUCCGACGAGGCCAUGGAUGCCAUCAAGGGCCUGGACAACACUGAAUUUCAAGGCAAGCGCAUCCAUGUCCAGAUUUCCAAGAGCCGCCCCAGACACGAUGAAAGGGAUGACUACCCCCCUCCUCCCCCAGACAGAGGUGGCUACUGGCCCCAACGCUAUCCAGGCGAGAGGCAUGAGCCUCCCCCACCUGGCUACAUGAGAGGUCGCCUCGGCCACAUGCCCCCAGGUUACCCAGCCCCUCCUCUGCCGCCCCCUCCCCCUAGACGAGCUGUUUAUCCCGACCGCCCGUACGAGGGCGAGAGGGAAAGAUAUGGCGUGGUAGAUUACUAUGAGAAGUACCGAGCCCGCCCGUAUGGCAUGGCCUCCUACGAGGAUCAGCGCGGCGGCGCCCCUCCUCCUCCCCCUCCCCCCUCAGCCGUCGUCCGAGACCGUCUUAUGACCCCGUCGCUUGACCCGUACGAACGUCGGCCCCUCCCGCCUCCUCCAUCCUCGUACUACGCCCGAGAACGCAGUCCCCUGAGGAGGGCACCUAUCGCGCCAAUGCCCCCUGCCAAUAAUGGCUACCCCUACGAGCGCUCCCGGCUCUCUCCGUCCCGCGUCCCGGCAUACGGAGUUCCACGUGCCAGGGACCCCUACGCGGAGCGGCUGCCCCCUCCACCGCCUGCACGCUACGCUUAUUAAGCAAGGCCCGACAAGUGAAGGAUCGUCGUUCGCCUGCGUCGCCACUCGCCGCCUCCUGAUGCACGUGACUCUAUCCACUUCCUGUCUGCGGCUGAGCGCGUUACAUUCCCCUGAGAUGCUCACAGGAGGAACCAAAUUGUCGACGCUCACGUCUGUUUUUGUUUUAAUUAAUUUGGGACAACUUUUACAUUCGUAUUUCCCCCCUGAUUGUUUUAGUUUGUCAUUGUGCUGUAGUAUUUUUAAUGCUUGACGUCUAAGUUAGGCGUAAUUUUUUUUUUAUUGUAUUUUUACGUUUGAAUAAUUAGUGUUCUGAUGUGGUUUGUAACCCUAGACAGCUGAACCAUUUCAGCAGCAGUUUCUAGGCGAUACAUGUGACUGUAAACUCAACUGAAUCAUAUUUGAUAUUUAAUCUAGUCUGCACGUUGGUUCCAUCAUUUUAAAUCUUUCCAUCGAAAACUAAAUCUCAUUAUGGCGAUCCUGUGAAAACCUAAACUGCUAAGACUCAUGUGGAAAGUGACGGCUAACGGUGUAGAUAACAAAAAAAGCGUUCAUAUGUACCUGUCCACUGUCGACCUUUUUUCAAAUAAAACGGAUUUGUGCAGUAAUGUUGUUCACCGAUGUAAUCAUGCUCUGCGCUAAAACACAUCAGUGUGACCGCUUGAAAUGAUUCGAAUCUCACCAAGGCUCUUUCGAAAAAUACAAAUGCCAUGAUCAUCCGUAAAUUUCUGAAGAAAUCACGUUUAAUAAAAUCGUCACAUAGGUGAAGGAAUA